CACCGGCUUGCCUACAUGGUGGCAGCGGAGCCCAGUUGAGAUAACGACGACACCACCCCCGCCUACGACGCUGCCAGUUCCAUCGACUCUACUACCGGCGCCGAAACCCCUGGAUACGUCAGACGACGCCUGGCUUGGUUGGAGAACAUGGAAGAGUGAGUUCGAACUGUUUGCCACUGCUACUCAAUUGACUAAGCAGCCAACCGAUGUGCAGGCAGCAACAUUUCUCGUGAGCAUAGGCGAAGAAGGCAGGGAAGCAUUCAGCACUUUCAAGUUCGACGCGGACGAGGACAGAAAUGACGUCAAAGUUUUGAUCAAGAAAUUCGAGGACUACUACAAGCCAGCAAACAACUUAACCCUCCACGAAUUCCGCUUUGGUUCAAGGGACCAGAAAGAAGGCGAACCAUUUAAUGACUGGUUGAUCGAACUGAAAAUUUUAGCCAAGAACUGUGAAUUCGGACUUCUAGAAGACCGUAUGCUACGCAGCCGUAUCGUUCUAGGCGUCCGAGACAAGCGUUUGCAGCAGAAGCUAUUAGCGGAAAACCUUUCUUACCAAAAAACGGUAGACAUUUGCCGCAUUGAAGAGCAAGGGAAGCAGCACUUCCAAGAGAUAAGCGCAGCAACAGGCGGAGCGCAAACUACGAUAGUGAACUCGGUUGCGACGGAAAAGAAGCUGUGCAGUAGGUGUGGCUACCAGAUGCAUCUUGGUGGGAAUUGUCCAGCGAGAGGAAAGAAUUGCAGGAAGUUCGGUGCACAGAACCAUUUUGCCCAGGUUUGCAAAUCAGUCGGCGCCACGCAUAACGCCAGCCGUCCAGCAAAAGAGCUACGGGAGGUACAGGCCGAGACAGACGAUUUUUUUUCUUGCGGGGCUAGCGAUAAACUCGCUUGAAGUUGAUAAAUGUACAGCAACAGUUUACAUCGAAGGCCAACCUGUCACGUGCAAACUGGACACAGGAGCGAACUGUUGCGUUAUCUCCAAAAACGAGCUGGAAAGGUUACCUGCUAAGCCAAAGGAAGCCUGCAAGGUGACUCUAACAGCGUUCUUUGGUCACAGGACUACGGCACAAGCAAAAAUCAAGCUUCUGCUUUACGCUAACAACAAAAAAUGUGAAGAACAAUUUUUCGUCGUCGAGCACGAUGUUCCAGUCACGCUCAGCGGGGCAGUCGCAGAACGCCUGGGGUUCAUGUACCGCAUACAGAAAGUCUACAGUGAAGAACUAUAUCGCCCAGCCCAACCUUUCGCAGAUGUUUUCAGCGGGCUAGGACAACUGAAAGGCGUGGAGUGCUCGAUGAAGCUGAAACCCGGCAGCGCGGGAACCGUCGUGCCUGCUAGGAGGGUCCCCAUCGCCCUGCAAGACAAAGUUCUGGCAGAACUGCAGCGCAUGGAGCAGCAGGGCGUCAUUACAAAGGUAAAUGAACCAACCGAAUGGUCUAGCCACAUGGUGACCGUGGUGAAAAAAGAAAGAGUGCGUAUUUGCCUCGAUCCAACCGCCCUGAACAAACAGUUGCUUCGAGAAAAUUACCCCAUGCCCACUUUAGAAGACAGUUCCGCGGCUGUCCGGGGCAAGAUUUUUUUCUACGCUUGAUGCAGCAUCGGGAUUUUGGCAGAUUAAGCUAACGGAAGAAAGUUCAAAAAUCUGCACUAUGAGUACGCCAUACGGACGCUAUCGCUUCCUGCGAAUGCCCUUUGUAAUAUCGUCAGCCCCAGAAAUUUUUCAAGCUGCAAUGCAUCGCUUGUUAGACGGUCUACCCGGUGUCGCAGUUGUAAUGGAUGAUAUACUAUUCUGGGGCGAGACAAAGGAUGAGCAUGACUGCAACCUGACACUCGUACUGACACGCUGCCGUGAGCACAAUCUGCGACUCAACCUCAAAAAAUGCACCUUCCUGCAGGCAGAGGUUCGCUACUUGGGACACAUCCUCACUACGCAAGGCCUGCGCAUCGACCCGGAGCGUGUUCAGGACAUUCUGGAAAUACCCGAGCCUAAGACCACGUCGGAACACCGCUUGAAAACCUUGCGGGAUGCGACAAAAGAGGAUCCGGCACUGAUCAUCAUCCGUGAAUACGCAGAGACGGCGUGGCCGGAGCACAAGCAUGGUGUCCCAGAGCCGGGAAGGCCAUACUGGACCUACAGGGAAGAAGUUCACGCACAAGAUGGGCUAGUCUUCCGAAGCAACAAGGUCAUCCGAGAACUUCGCCACACCACGUCUAAUGCGCUCAAUACUUGGUGUGCACAAGUUUUUUCGGUGCAUGGGCUGCCACAGAAGCUGUAUAGUGACAAUGGGCCCCCCUUCAGUAGCUCAGAUUUCAAAUAUUUUUUGAGUAAACUAGACGUUGUGCAUGUCACGUCAAGUCCAUAUCACCCGCGUUCUAAUGGCAUGGCGGAAAGAGCUGUUCAGGAGGCCAAAAAGCUGCUCAAAAAGUGCUCUUUUCGCACACCAGAUUUUGAAAUUGCUCUGCUUGAGUGGCGUAAUACCCCCAGGGACCCAGUUCUGAAGUCUCCUGUGCAGAGGCUCAUGGGGCGGCAGACCCGGACCCUCCUGCCGGUACCAACAAUUCACCUGGAGCCAGAGGCCAUACCCAGCAAGGAGGUCCACGACCGUCUCCAGACGAUCCGGCGCCGGCAAAAGAUCCACUACGACCGCAGCGCCAGGAACCUUUCCCCGCUGACGCCGGGACAACGCGUAACGACGUACGACACUCUCCAGAGAACCUGGGCUCCAGCUAUUGUUCUAAAGCCAGCCGCAACGCCAAGAUCUACGAUUGUGAAGACCGACGACGGCCAUGAAAUCCGUCGCACAAGAGAACACCUGCGGGAGGCAGCACCUCAACCGGAGCCAGAAUCAAACUCGCAGGAGCCUUUAGAAGACGACCUCCAGCCUAGACAACAGCAGUUACGCAGGAGCACAAGAUUGCGUCGGGAACCCUGCCGUUGCCAGAUGAAACUUCUAGACCUUAUCAUCAUUAAAGGGGAGAUGUGGCCAUAUCACACUGUCAUUCUGAUAGCGCCCAGACUGUUAACAUGUGACGCCUACGUCACCCCUUUCCAAGUGUACUUAUAUCGCUCCCUCCCAUGAAUAAACGCCUUUCGU